AUGGCAUCCCAGUCUAUACGGCGAACCGGCUACGACUUCAACAUUGUUUACGUAAACACAACAAAAUUCGGAAACACCGAUAUCCUGUCCCGGUUGAUCGAUCAACACGUCAAACCAGAGGAAGACUUCGUCGUAGCCAGUAUCAUCACGGAGAACGAUCGCAUGAAAGCGAUUGCGCGCAGCUUCGUUUACUGGCCGUCUAUCGACUCGGAUAUCGCUGCGCAUGUCAAAGCGUGCCGUCACUGCGCAGUUGCAGCCAAGAGUCCGCCCAAAGCACCGCCGCUGUCGUGGCCCAAGUCAACGUAUCCAUGGCAGCGCGUCCACAUCGACUACACUGGGCCUAUCGAAGGAGAGUACUUCCUGCUUAGCGUCGAUUCGUACUCGAAAUGGGUGGAAAUCGUCAGAACCAAGUCGAUAACAGCCACUGCAACCAUCGGAAUCCUACGAAGUCUCUUCGUUCGCCUUGGUAUGCCAGAAACGCUAGUAAGCGACAACGGUACGCAGUUCACCAGUGCCGAGUUCGCACAAUUCUACCUCGAGAACGGUAUCAAUCACGUGACAACUGCACCGUUUCAUCCGCAGUCCAACGGCCAAGCUGAGCGUUUCGUGGACACAUUCAAGCGAGCGGUCAAAAAGAUUCGCGAUUUUAAUAAAGUUUUAUUUGCAAGUUUACGUUCGCGUACAUGA